AUGAUGCCGAUAACUGAUCGAGAUAUCGAACCAGAAAGCAAUCGUUAUCCUUAUUGUAUCGUGUGGACACCGAUUCCAUGUCUGACGUGCGUUUAUAAGUCCUAUUCCCUCUCCAAGGAACAUUUUAAGAUGGUUCUUCCCGUUCAUCGGACACAUGGGGAUUGCGAACAGUCGAGGAAUCAUCCGUGACUUCGCUGGAAGUUAUUACGUGGCUGUAAGUUAUCGAAAUCUAGAGCGAAUAUUUGAAGGUAUCCUAUUCAGGAAGACGACAUGGGAUUUGGAUGGCCGACUAGAUAUUGGCAGCUGGGACCAGAACACGUGGAAGGAGGUGUCGAAGCGUUCGAUAGAGCCAUUUUGGAGGCAUCUGAUGAGUACAAGACACGAACGGUGCAAAAAAAGUUCACAGACCGACCAGCAUGUCUUUUCUUUCAGCACAACCUCAUUUGUGACAACUGUCACUCGCACGUGGCCCUUGCUCUGAACAAGAUGCGAUAUAAGGAUCGUGAGGACUGGAACAUGGUCAAACUGGCGUGGCUUGCGCUCACGAAGGGAACCUUCGUGCGCAACACCGAUAUCUUCUCCCAGUACCUACCGUUCGCCAUCAUCGUUUUCAUCUUCGUCGCAGUGUUUACUUUUUUAUAA